CGUGCCACCAUCUCCCGUCCCAUUUAAAAGGGGACGGAGGGAGUAUAUUCCAGUUCAUGCCUAUAAGACUCGACCCGGGCGAGCCGGUACCGGACCUCCAGUUCCCAAACUCAAUCCCACCCAUAGUCCGACCCGGACACGGUCCAUCCUUGAUCUACUCAGAUGAAGUUGGUCAUGAGAUAUUCUUUGCCCGAACCUGGUAUCCACGUUUUCCGUGCACUUGUACAAAACUUGGUAAGAGGAAAAGCAAUUGCGUAUGGACUCCGAGAACUUGGUAGACAGGGAACAUAAAAUAUUCGAAUCGGACGAAAGUUCCGAGAGUAGCUCAGCCACCGUCUGCCUCCGGCAUUAGGUGAGAGAUUCAGAAACAAGCAAGGCAGCAGUAUCAUCUAUUACCCCAUAGCUGAUUGCUCUCUCUCUCUUCUUUGUUUUCUCCGUUUCCUUGAUUUUUGACCUCUACAGCUGAAAGGGGAAAGGAAAAGGCAGAUAUGAGAAAACUGGUUCUGAAGUCUCUGGCCGGCAGCGUUUCAUCGGUGACGCCGAACUGGUGGAAUAAGAUCAACGGAUCAGUUGAAUGGCAAGAUGGGAUCUUUUACUCUCUAUGUGCUACGUAUGCCCUCGUAUCUGUCGUUGCCCUUAUUCAACUGAUAAGAAUUCAGAUGAGAGUGCCCGGGUAUGGAUGGACAAUACAAAAGGUUUUUCAUCUCAUGAACUGCAUCGUAAAUGGAGUCCGUGCUGUUGUCUUCGGUUUUCACAAAAAAGCAUUUCUUUUCCAUCCCAAGGUGCUAACUAUUGCACUAUUAGACGUUCCUGGAUUGCUUUUCUUCUCCACAUAUACACUUCUGGUCCUGUUUUGGGCUGAGAUCUAUCACCAGGCUAGAAGUUUGCCAACUGAUAAGCUCAAAACCUUUUAUGUAUCAAUAAAUGCUGGAAUAUACGUCAUACAGUCUGGUAUAUGGGUGUAUCUCUGGUUUAAUGAUAAUAGUGCCAUGCGUGUAAUUGGGAAUAUCUUUAUAGCAGUUGUUUCAUCAGUUGCAGCAUUGGGGUUUUUGCUCUAUGGGGGAAGGCUUUUUUUCAUGUUGAGACGCUUCCCUAUUGAAUCCAAAGGAAGAAGAAAGAAGCUUCAUGAGGUUGGAUCUGUGACAGCCAUAUGUUUUACCUGUUUUGUGAUAAGAUGCUUUGUGGUUGUGUUGUCUACAUUUGACUCUGAUGCAUCACUUGAUGUUCUGGACCACCCAAUGUUGAACUUGAUAUAUUACCUGGUGGUGGAGAUUCUGCCUUCAGCUCUGGUUCUCUAUAUCCUGCGCAAACUGCCUCCGAAGCGAGUCUCAGCCCAGUACCACCCUAUUCGUUAGUCAAAGAGUUGCUGUUGUCUUUUUUGUCUUCUAAAAAACGAAGUGAGAUGUGCAACUGUAGAGAAGGAGAAUGGUGGUGAUGAAGUUGUCUGUUUCGCUGGGAAAAGUUGAUCUUGAGCCAAUGUGUUCCACUCAGUUCAUUUUUUUAUAUGUUGUAGGGGAAUAUGUUUGUUGUGAAUUGUGAUGUAUGGAAAUAUUAGAAGUUAGAUGAUAGUGUGAAUUUAGUGUACUGUUUCUAAGAAGUGGCACCUAGACAAGGCAUUAUGUACCGUCUUGGGGUGCCAGUUCUUUAAUGGAUUGUUAAAGUAAUCGCCCUUACUAGGAGUAAAAUAUACUCUGUAUUACACAUAAACCUUUUCUCUGAAUAGGAGUCCAUCCUAAUUUUUUUCAUAAAUAGGACUAAAAGUUAAUAUUCUACCCUUAAGGCCUUAAUG